CCAAACAGUACCUGGAAAAAACGAGGGGAACGUGGCUUGGCAAGAGAGGCAGAGAGGUCUGCACUAUGCUUUGAACAAUUGGCAAUAACUCAAAGAAUGAAGAAAAUGAACUCUGGCAGCUAUAAACUUUUGGAUAAAUAUGGCACCUAUCCUGGGCCAUCCAUCUGUUGGGAGAAACCCCUCUCACCACGUCUGGCCCCAACGAGAAGUGUCAUACCCAGGAGACUAAUGGGAGAAGAUCCCUCCGUUGUGCAGGAUUCCUUCAAUCACUGGCAAACACAGCCAAGAUGUGCACCAUCUGGGCCAAGUAUAUCAACAGCAGCCAAGGGGGUGAUGAUGCAGAACCUCAGCCACUGGGACUGGAGCGGACAGGAAGACUCGGGGAACUGGAUGCAUCAUGUGGAAAAGGUGAAGCCCAAAGCAAUGGAAGAUGUUACAAGCUUUGGGGGUGGCUGGGAUUCCCCAGAACACUUCAAACACCGACUGAUAAGGCAGCCAAGGAGACUCCAUCCCUUGAGGCAUGAACCCAUUCACCAGUCAUGGGCACCCCAGUAUCUGAGGGAUUUGUCUCCCGUUAACCAGGCUGUUGAUUGCAGAAAUUAUAGAGAACCGUGGCCCAGCCCUCAUCAGCCUCACAGAGGCGCCUUCCAUCCAUCAGAACACAGACAGUUUAUUCAGCCAAGUAGUUCCGAAAGCAAAGGUUCCAAACUGCGACCAGUUAAGCCUCCAACCUACGAGAUGUACCUGCAGAUGAAAAGGAAAGCGGAACAGGGACUGAAAACCAAAGCAAAUCCAUGGCUAAGUCAGCCCAUCAUUCAGAGCAAGUCAGGUGCUUCACAACUAACGGCAGGGAGCGAGAGAGGCCGGAAGCCAAACUAUGAUCGAUCAGUACCGAACACCAAGGCAGCAAGUGGUGCCCGAAAUGACCCAACACGUUCAGCAGUACAGUUUUACAGGUGCCAGGACCACCUUUCGUAUCUGACAGGUGGGAUCAGUGAGAGAAGAACCCAAUGUGACAUAUACACAGAGGCUGAACGGUCGAGGAAACUGAGAGCUCACCCCGGUUAUGUUACAUGCCAUGCUUCAGAGAAGUAUCUGUGUCCCACAGGCUCACAGCAUCUAACAGGCGCCAACCUUGCAGUGUGUCGCCCAUCUAAGAGAGGCACCAAGGGAUUCCAUCAGGGUUUGGAUCUGAAGCAUGAAGCUUUAGAAGUGCGAAGCGCGGAUGUGGAGGUGGAUGGUCGGGCAGGAGGAGGUGAGCGGAGGAAUGAGAUGAAAGGUGAACUUCUUCGGAGUAAAAGAGGUGAGGUCGUCUUCUGCUUAAUAUCUAGGCAGGAUACGGGGCCGCCGGUCGUGGACUCGGGUGCAGAAUGUGCACACGCACUCCCUGAAAUUGCCAGGGAUGUGGUUGUACCCAGCAAGUCAUCCGAUGUCCGGCAAACCCUAUUGGCCAAAGAUGAGAGGAAGUUUCAUGAAAAAUGGGGUGAAACUCAACGAUGCAAACCUUCUAACGUGGAGGUGAUGUGUUGUGUGGACAGCACUGGCUUCUCGAUCAAUCAAUUUCCUUCAGAUAGGACACAGUGUAGAAAUACCUACAGCGAUAUUGAGAACUAUUGGGCCAGAGGUCGACUUGACUUUUCAGAUUCCGGUCACUCUUUCUGCUCUGGGAAGAAAGAAGAAUUAGGAGGCAGAGUAAGGCAGCGGCCAUGUUACAACGGCGGGGAAGAUGUGACAGGCUUCAAAGAGAGAGGGCUGGAUAUCCACGAGGCGAACAACUCAAGUCAAGUGCAAACAGACGGACAGCGAGGGAAGCGAGAGGCGGGGUUCCAUGUUUGGAGCUAUCAUUCGGGCAGAGGUCCUGUGCAAGGUGAAAUGGAGGAAAUUGCUUUUGUUCCCGGUGACGGCUCACCUGGAAACUCUAUUGAUAAAGGUAGGAAACUCUCCGACUUAGAGUGGUACGGACGCGGCAUGUCUCCGUCCUGUAGAAGACGCUGCUCGGAUGUCCCUCUGGCGAGUGGGGGCCGAAAACUUGACGGGAAUCGUAGCAGAGUGGACGGGAAUAACACACAGAACUGGCACCGAGUUCGGAAACUACCGAACUGGAAGCAACCCCUUCAUUUUUCCGUGGGGACGGAAGGCCGGAGUAAGAGUGCUUGUACAAACCGCGCCCCUGAAAGCGACAGGGUCUUCAUUAUCGAUGCGACCUGUGCGAUAGUUAGAGCGGAAUACAUUUCCUCACCGAAGAAAGAACGGGUGUUAUUUUCAUACCCAGUUGAAGUUGUGGGCUCGAGUGAGGCCAGCGCUCGCCCCGACGGCUGGAGUGAAAGAUUGCGAGAGCCAAUGCAAGACUGUGUUGAGUGUCUGACUCCGGACAGAAAGCUUUGGCACACCGAGGCUGAACGUUAUUGUGGAGAGCAGGCUGCAGAAUGUAAUGGCAUCAACCCAGAGAAAGAGCAAAGCCCAUAUCCACGUGCCAGAGUGAGGGAUUGCACAAAUGGAAAGGCAACCCGAAUACUGGGCCUUCCUCUUAUGGAUACCAACUCGGCUGAAGUGCAUUUGCAGAAGACUGGAGUGACAGAAGCGGAAGAUGGUACAGAGGAGAAGCGAUGGGGGUCUUGGAUGGGAGGCACAGUGGCCAGCCCAGGCAAAUCUGAAGAAAUAACGCAAGGUAUUCAGCGAGAAAGUGUUGAGUCAAUAACUGUCCACACAUUACAAUCUCUUUCCGUUGCCUGCGAUCCGCUGUCCAAUGGAGACACCGAUUCAGCGGCAGGUGAUAUCCGGGAAGAAAGGACGAGGUGCCAAGAAAUCUCAGAGGAAUCUUCCUUCGUCCCUGUUGAGCACAGUCCCAACACAAAAACUGCGGAAAAUUCCGAAUGUGGCGAAUUUCGGAGAUUGAACGAGCACCCACAUGAAGCAUCGUCCCAGAACCUGCAGGACAUGGUGUUCAAGUCGGUUUCACGUAUCCGCCGCCACACGGCACCUGAUUCGGAAUCUGACGAUGAGGAGGUGGAACGCCUCCUGGCGAGUGAAGUGUUAAAGCCAGAAGGAGAUGGAGGAGGAAAUGAGAGGGGAUCCCGGGAGAGCGCAGACAGCAGUAGCUCGGCGGACACGGUGAUCGCAUGCGGCGUCGGGCAAAACCUGGCAAUGGAGAGUGAAGAAUAUUUGGACCCAACCCAUGGAGUGAACGUCUCCUGCAGUCCGUGUUUUCCCACAGGUAACGAACAGUGUGUGGAGAGGAGCCCACGAGAGGAUACGGGAGGCCAAGAUGAAGGGACCACAAAGAAAUGGGAGGGUGGUCUUCGGGAGGUGGAAAAUGAUGCCUGAAACAAGUCAGGAGAGCAGCAGGAGCCUGAGCACCCCGGACGGUGAAGCUAACAAGAUCAGAAACGCCUGAGUCCACGAGUGGCCUACUCCCGCCAAAAGUCCGGUGGCUUCUGUCAGCUUACUGAAGGUGCAUCAAAGCUAGCUGGCCGUUCCUCGGUCUCCAUCGCAAGUGUUGCUAAAUCCUUACUACUUCCCUGGACAUAGGAGCAAGCCACUUGGCCCUUCAAUCCUGCCCCAUCAUUCAAUGUGACUGACCUGGGCCUCAUUUGUUCUUCUGUGCCAGUUCCCCAUAACCCUCAAUUCCCACACUCUCUUGGAGUAGAGAAUUCUAGAGUUUCACCAACUGCUGUGGAAGGAAUUCCUUCUCACCUCAGUCUUAAAUGAUCACCCCCAAAGUCUCAGGUUACUUCAAGUUACUUGAGAGUUAGUAUUGGAUAGCUUCUAUUUCUAUUUUAAUGAGUUUCUAUUUUCUGCCAGUAAGUUAUUUGUGAAAUGAGUUUAAUGGAUUCUGGCUUUUCCUUUAUAGCUGUACCUGCUCUAAAAGUAGAUGAGAUUCCAAGUGCUGAGAGAGAUGGUGUGUUUUUUCCUUCAUCUCCAGUAAUUAUUACGAUUAUCAUUAUGUACCGUGUUGUAUGAUGUAGGCGAUCAUGGUCCCAUGACCAUGAUUGUUCUUGGCAAAUUUCUCUACAGAAGUGAUUUGCCAUUGCAUUUUUCUGGGCGGUGUCUUUAGAAGACGGGUAACCCCAGCCAUUAUCAAUACUCUUCGGAGAUUGUCUGCCUGGCAUCAGUGGUCGCAUGACCAGGACUCGUGAUAUGCACCGGCAACCAUCCACCAACUGCUCCCAUGAUUUCACAUGACCCUAGCUAGCGGAGGGAAGGAGUGCCCUACACCUCCACCCCACCACCCAAAACAGCGACUGUUAGCACUGUGUAUUGGUCACAUAGAUCCAACACGGGGGGAGGGGGGGAGGUCACCAAUAGGCAGGGAGCCAUGGGGGGAAAUGGAUAAAGUGCAGCAUCAGAACCAGAGAUGUAAAGGUGGUUUAUUGAGACAAUAAAUAAAGAAGCAGAUAAAUAAAUAAAGUAUU